ACAUGGCUCACUGGUUUCACAGGAAUCCCCUCAAAGCCACUGCUCAGGUGAAAUUCGACCUGAAAAUGGUCGCGUCUGACAGCCAGGCACUGAAAUUAUGCAGUGACCUGCGUCAGGCAAGAGCUCGGCUCCUUGAACUCUUCCCUGAUGCCAACCAUGAGAUCGACGUGGUGGAGCCAGCACUGACGCUGUACCUUGCCCUGCUACGAGGUCUCAUUGAAGCACCAGAGGGCUCGGACUGGAGCAAGCUGAGGCAUUCUGUGCGCUUCCGUUGGACCCACUCCAUGCUGGGCAGCACUCCUGAGGCUCACUUUGAUGCAAUAUUUGAGCUUGUAUCAGUCCUUCAGAAUGCAGCAUUUUGGUACAUGAAGCAUGCAAGCAAGGUGGCAGCACAGGAAGAAGUGAGCAUGGACGAAGCCAAGAUUGUCCAUCGUAGCCUUCGUCGUGGGGCAGGACUCCUGAAAUACGCCCAAGAGGAGUGGGUGAACAAACUUCUCGAGGCCCCCAAGCCAGGGAGUGAUGGGGACCCCAGAGUGCACACGGCAUAUCUCAACCAGGCUACAGCAGAAGCUCAAGAGGGUAGGGUCUUGCUUGGAGCUACAUUUGGAAAUGGACUCAGCUGUCUUCAGUGCUGCUUCUAUUAUGAACUGGCUGCAGAAAUGUGCAAGGAAUACGGCCAAACCAAAGGGCCGGGCACACAGGCAAAGCCAGAGAAACAUCAGUUCUUCCGCCGUAUUGCCCCCAUCAUUGCAAGGACCUUGGAGAAAUGCGAGAGAGAGAAUGGGAUGAUCUAUCACCAAAAGGUCCCGUACGACCCCCCCCAGCUAGAACUCAGAGCCACAUAUGGCUUAGUCUCGCCUGAUGACUACACCCUCCCCCCUGCAGCUCCUCUGUGGUCACCAGUCACCUACGCGGCCUUUGAUCUUACUAAGAACCUCGCAGAGGACCCUGGUGCUAACUCGAAGUCUGCCCAGAAAGCAGAAGGGGACCUCCCGCCUGUCAAAGAAGCUGACAUCCACCAGUCAUCGAAGGACCACAAAAACAACAGUGGAUGCUCUCUGAUGUAGCCUCUCUGUGAGUGGACAGCUGUCAUGAGUGAUUGCAGAUCAUGGCUCAUGGUUGUGUAGUUUUUUUUUCUUUCUAUUUGGGGGGAGGGGGGUUAGGAUUUAGAAAUGUACCAUCAUUGGAAAUGAUGGUAAUUUUCUACUUGUCUUUGGGAGGUGAAUUAAUGUUUACUUAAACUUAUUUCUGGAUACUUUGUGGCAAGAUUAAUUUUACUUGUCAUAGCCUAACCAAAGGUAGAGAAAAAUUGUGUGUAUUUCAGAUGUGAUUAUUGUAUACACUGAUUAAAAAUAAAAUGUGGUUAUGUGCUGCUCUUCAGUUGUAAGACAUAGAUUGUGUUUAUUUGUAGUACUAAAAGAUUUGAUUCUGAAAAGCAUCCAGUGAAUCAGUGAAAAGCUCACACAUUGUAGCAGCAUGACCCACAACCUGAAGUCCAGCAUACUUGCCAGGUUGGGUCCCACCAGGUCCACAGACGUGUCAUCACUUAUUGGACAGCAGGCUCCCCCUGUUCCCUGCACACUUACACAGUGCAAGUGUGAUUAAGCUGCAGAAUCUGGAACUGAGAUCAUCAUUCCCCGAUCCUCCAGAUGACCACGGCAAUAGCAGCAGCAACACAAGGACUGCCCAGUCCUUAGCCGACUGGGGAGCCUACCAGCUCCCCUGUUGAUCUGCAAUUUCACCUUCACCACCCAGCCAUGCCCGUGGGUACUUGCGCCCAUGACAAACACUCCAUAAAGAGAUGUUGACCAGUCCAAGUAGUAGAUGCCAUCCAUCUACUACAACAUGCACUUGGCAAAUGUAUUGUGUAGAAUAAUCACAUUUUCAAUAUGUACAUCCAAUUUGAUUUUCUAGAAAUUUGAUUUCAAUGUCAAUUACUGAGUUAUAGAACCAGAGAGAAACAGGAUUGUCACAAGCUAAAAGAAAUGAAAUUGCUAGAGGUUGUUUAUGGCAAUAUGAUAUGUGCAUAAUUUUCCACUUUAAGCAUAUUUAGAAAACAUCCAAAUAGAUUAUACACUCUUAUUUUUAAUUCAUAUGAAUAAUGUAUUGUACUUGACACUUUCCCUUUUUUUGUGAACUUGAUUUGAUAAUUUUUAAUGAUUUAUCGUUACAAAUUAAUCUUGAGAAGGCCUACAACUUCCUUAUCUUUUAAUUAAACAAUACUCAUUAUGAUUGUGUUCAGUUUAAAUGCACAGUACAAUUCCAGUAGCACAGUAUUUGUUUCUGCUAGAUUUUCUGGUGGUUUGACAUCUCCCAGUGUAGUGCAUUAACCAGAAAUGUUUGGCGUGUUGUAACGAAUACUAAUGUCCAGCAUGCCUUUUCUUUCUUUCGUUCUUUCUUUCUUUCUUUCUUUCUUUCUUUCUUUCUUUCUUUCUUUUUUUCUCUCUCUCUCUCUCUCUCUCCUUCUUUCUUUCUUUCUCUCUUUUUUCUUUCUUUCUUUCUCUCUCUCUCUUUCUCUAUUUCAUUUUUAUCAUUUUUUCUCUUUCUGUCUUUCUUUCUUUCUUCUGUUGUCACCAUCUUCACCACAAUCACUAGUUGUAGUGGUUACUGAUGUGAGCAGAGAUAAAGAAUGUGGUUAUUCUUUGAUAGUAAGAACACAUAACUAUAUGUUUAGAUAUUAUUAAGUCAUUUGUGGAAAGUGAGAUAUAAACUUCAGUUGUAAAUGACUGCUACUUUUCAUUAUCUAUAAGACAUGAUAUGAAGGUAUGAAAGAUACUGUGUGAUUACUGCAAAACCGUAUAUUAACUAAUAAAGAGCUAGUUUGGGCCAAGCAUUUACAGACAGUAAUCCAUCUAUUAUAUUUUGUAAAAUAAAGAAAAUAAUUGUAGACUUAACAUGAACUCCAUUUUGCAUGGCAGUAAUAAGAGACAUCUUGUUUCAUUAGAAAAUAACUUUUUCAGUAAUAUGAAGGGGCUGCUUACAGAUUUCCUUCCUGUGUAUGGUGGUGUCUUAAUCUGUUUCUAAACAUUUUAAUGAAUGUUUAUGCAACAUACCCUGCAACGAGGAAAAAAAAUGGUCAAUUCUUAUUUUGUUGAGUCAGGUGAUGUUCAGGCAAGUACUGUUACAUAUGUAGUGCUUAUAUAAAUGUGAAAAUACAUGGUUGUUCAGAAUUCCAACUCUUAAUAAUUCCACAGUGGUGCCAGACUAUCAGACCAACGAUGCAUGUUCUAUUCCUAUAAUCAUUGUGACAUUAUUACAAAGGAUAACUCUAAUACUUCUUGAUGUAAGGAGUAAGGACCUCUUGUCAAAUUUUAGGUUUCUCAUUCUUUGUCAGGUCGUUUAGGGUGAAAGUUGACAUGAUUCUGUGUUUUUGCUAUCAUUUUGUAGAAGGAUGGAAGAUACUGUGUUGGUGAUGUAACUUGAUUUUAUUUCAGUAUCAUUUUGAUUACUUAAAAAUCAUGCUGUGUUCCUUGCCAUUUCAUUAUACAUUCUUGGUCGGAUAUUGAUUAACCCAAUGCUGCCAGGGAAAAUGAACAAAAAAUGGAGAAAAUGCCAUGCCUAUUUUCUACAUAUUUUGUGAAAUGUCUGCCCAUAGAUUGCUCUGCUAGUGCUUAGCCACAAAGGAGUCAAUUAGUAGACCUUGUGACUGUACCUGAUUUGCAUUGGUGGGAAAAACAUUUUUUACUAGUGCUAUGAAUAUCGAUGGUGUUAUUUUUAUUAUAAACAUUAUAAUUAUUAUAAUGUUUUUAACAUUAGUAACAGCAAAAUAAGAUAACAUAAAAUAUUUUCGUAAAUCAAAGAAAAGAGUAAACAGGCGAGACAGGCAGUACAUGUAACUGGCUCAUUGGUGACUUACUACAAGUGUAGCCAUCUAUGAGUAAAAACAAUCAAACAAGCACUCACAGUGGGCAUAGGACAUACGUACACAUGAUGUCCUUCGGCAUAGGGUUAAUAUGUAUAUUGUUUUCAUAGUGUGUAACCUGUUUUAUGUCUUUUUUGUUUCACCUCAAUUUUUUUUUCUGCCUCUUGCUAGUUGUUUAAGUUAAAGUUAUAACUAUUAAGGUUACUUUUUUUUUUCUUUAGAUUAAUAAAAAUAUAUUGAUUUCAAAUAUUAUAUGACAAACACAUGGCAACAUAAUUCUAGUAAGAAAAAGAAAAUAUUGUAAGAAAAUAAAUGAACAGAUGAAAAAGAUCAUUAAAACCUUGUUGUAAUGCAUUCUACUAUAGAUGAUUUUUUUUUAGCCAGAGAAGUGGACCAGUAAAAUAGAACUUAAAGAAAUGUUUCUAAUUCAUCUAGUUCAAAAAAUUAAUUAAUGUAGUGUCAUGUACAGAUAUUUAUCAAGUUGGGUUACUGAGUCUUAUAAUUUUUGUUCCUACUAUUUGAUAUGUAUCAUUUUGAUAUGUUGUCCUAAUUUGGGUCUCUAUGAUAUAUAAGAGAGAGUGAGAGUGAGUGUGUGUAAGUGAGAGUGUGUAAGAGCAACCAAGUGAGAGUGUGUGAGUUAGUGAGAGUGUGUGAGUUAGUCUAAGUGUGUGAGUUAGUGUGUGAAGUGUGAGUUAGUGUGAGUGUGUUAGUGUGAGUGUGUGAGUUAGUGUGAGUGUGCGAGUGUGCGAGUGUGAGUUAAUGUAAAUGUGAGUUAGUGUUAGUGUGAGUGUGAGAGAGUGAGAGAGUAAGAGAGUAAGAGAGCAAGAGAGUGAUAGAGCGAGAGAGCGAGAGAGUGAGAUAGUGAGAUAGCGAGAUAACGAGAGCAAUAGUGAGAGAUAAUGAUUAUAUUGAUCAAAAGUGUUUUAGCAAUAUAAAUGAUAUAAUACAUACUAUAUCUUCCCACUGUAUAUCUUUUAAAGUAUAAAGCUUCUGUAUUAAAAAGAAUAUAUAUAUA